CUGGAGUUCUAGGGAGACCGGUGCUACCUGGAGGAAAUGGCUACUUCCCGGUUACCCCCGGCGACACUGACGUUAAAGCAGUUCAUGAGAAGGCAACAAGUUCUCCUUCUCUACAGAAGGAUUUUGCAAGCAAUUCGCGAAGUUCCAAAUGAUUCUGAUCGCAAAUACCUGAAGGACUGGGCAAGGGAAGAAUUCAAAAGAAAUAAAAGUGCCACUGAAGAGGACACAAUCCGGAUGAUGAUUACUCAAGGCAAUAUGCAGCUCAAAGAGCUAGAAAAAACCCUUGCUUUGGCAAAAUCUUAACUGUAGCAUCAUUCUGAAACACUGAAUUUCAGAGUUUCCAUGUGUAUCGUUGAGCUGAUUAGACUCAAUGAUGGGCAGCCUAAAAGCAAGUCAGACUGUUCAGUACCUGGGAGAAUGUCAGGACACGGAGCACGGCAGGUCAGAGCAAAGAAAAGCACAUCAGAACAAUCGCCUUAACACUGAAAAACAUACCCUUGAAAUUGUUUUUGCAAAUGUUUUUGGAUAUGUCAGCAGUUCAAGUAGCAAAAACCAGUACAAAUGGUCAGCACGUACAAUCCUCAACAUCAUUAACCCUCUGGGAAAUGCAAAUUGAAACCACACUGAAACAGUAACUACCUCCAUUGGAAUAAAUACAACUAAAACAGUUAGUAGCAAAUAUUGAUAAAGAUGUAGGGAAAUUGGACCCCUCAUAUGUGCUGUGGGAAUAUCAAAUGGCACAGCCACUCUGGAAAACAAACUGUCAGUUGCUUCAAAGAUUAAGUUACCACACAAGUCAGCAGUUUCCUCCUAGGUUUAUAACCAAGAGAACUGAAAAUCUUUCUAUAAAAAACUUGUACGGGAAUAUUCAUAGCAGCAUUAUUCAUAAUAGCCAAGAAGUAGAAGCAAUCCAGAGGCCCAUCAACUGAGAAAACGAUUAAAUACGAUGUCUGUAGAAUAUUAUUUAGCAAUAAAAAGGAAUGAAGUACUGAUAACAUGUCUGCUACACAUGGAUGAACCGGAGACCAGUCACAAAUGAUCACACGUUGUACGAUUCCAUUUGUAUGAAGUAUCUAAAAUAGGAAGAAAGAGGUGGUUGCCCAAGUCUGUGUGGAUAGCAUGGCAAGUAAUUGCUAAUGGAUAUGGGGUUUCUUUUCUGAGUGAUGAAAACAUUCUAAAGUUACAGUGGGGCUCCUGGUUGCAUAACUCUUAUUAUACUAAAGUCCAUUGAAUCGUAUAUUUUGCAUGUAUAUGAAUUAUACUUCAGUAAAGGUUUUAUGGAUUUUUUGGCUGAUGUAGAAUUGACAUAGAAUACUGUGUAAGUAUUUUAAGAAACAUACCGUAUGAGACGUAUGGAAGUAUACUGACCUCGGGAGAUGCCCUGGACCUUUCUUGAAAAAAUCCUCCUGCAUUACUGAGGGUUCCUCAGAUGGGUCAUGAUCCAGUCAUCCAAGGAUUCUCUGAAAACAUCAUCACUGGGAAUAUAGAUCUUUGUUGGAAAGAAGAGAGAAGCUUAAUGAACACAUUGAGGCACUUACCAAAAAGAAGAGGCAACAACAUCUGGAUGAAACUAAUGCAAUUAUCUUAGCCUCCGCAUAGAAGUGAGAGCAUCAGGGAAGAUCCUUGGUGCAUUAGGUUCUCCUCCAGUGACAGGAAGAGAAAGUUUGCAGAAUACACUGGAGACGAGAAGUUGACCUGAGGAUACUCUGACCAAAUAAUGUACAACAGUUAAUUUAGUGAAAGUGAAAGCUUAUGGAAGAGGCGGGAUUGGCAGUCCCCACAGACGGAUGUCCUCUGUUCUUUUACAGAACAGAUCUAAAAAGGUAAUCCCAGAAUCUGACCAGCACCUGAAAAAUCUAGGAGAAAUUCUGCAGAAUGAUAAAUGGUCACCUAGUACUGGACUGCACACCAGAAGGAAGAGAGAGGCAGCAGGAGGAGUUCAUCCAUGACCUGCCUGCAUUGCCGGCUCCACAGGCUCAGCCCACAAGAUAAAAUAAUUCUGAAUGUUCUUCAGCCAGGUUAUCUAAUUCAAAAUGCAUGAGCUGCAUGGGUGGUUCAGUGGUAGAAUUCUCGCCUGCCAAAAUGCAUAGGCUGAUGAUCAGAUUUGUCUGUAGCCUUACAUCAGUCAAGCUAUUGCCAAGCCAUCUGAUGGGCAGAAGCCUUUGUGAACAGUCUGUGAACAGAAAGCACUCUCCUUCUUGCAGCAUGAUACACCUGUUCAAGUAUAGGCAACUUUUAGUAAAUCUAAAAUCUUGACACUACAAAUCACCUUUUCAUGAGGUGUAGAAGUCAGUGACUUGGUGACAUUCUUCCUAGCAGCGCUGUAGGUCAAAGAUGUAAGAGCAUUUGUGGUUUAAGUUUGCAAGAUGCAAUUAACAGAUGCCAAGAAAACAGAACUUGG